UGUUGUUGUUAGUGAAGGAGAGACUGUGCAAGAGAGAGAGAGAGAGAGCGCAAAAAGAAGAGAGAGAGUGAGUGAGACUGUCAGAGAGCACUGGCAGGAGGGUGGGACCCUGUGGAAGAGAGAGAGAGAGAGACAGAGAGAGAGAGGACAAGUGAGGUGGAAGGUACCACAGUAGAGACUGCCAGGAUUAGGGGGCAGGAUGGCCAGAGACAGGGACUGUGAGGGUCUGCUGGGGAGACAGUCUGGAAUAUGAGUGCUGGGAGGGAGGUGGCUGGUGUUGGAGCAGUGACAGACCCCAGUGCAAGAGACACAACCUCCACUCACAGUCUCCAGCCACUGAAGGAAGACAGCGAUCCUCCUUAUUCAUUCACUGGCAGAGACAUCUCUCCCUUACAUUCAUUCACUGAGAGACAUCCCUCUGCUACGUUCAUUCACUGAGAGACAUCCCUCCAGCUGAGAGACCUGCCGGCACUCUUAUUAAUUCACUGGCAGAGACAUCCCUUUGCUACGUUCAUUCAGUGAGAGACAUCCCUUUGCUACAUUCAUUCAGUGAGAGACAUCCCUCCGCUACAUUCAUUCACUGAGAGACAUCCCUCCAGCUGAGAGACCUGCCGGCACUCUUAUUCAUUCACUGGCAGAGACAUCCCUUUGCUACAAUCAUUCAUUGAGAGACUUCCCUCCUCUACAUUCAUUCAGUGAGAGACAUCCCUCCGCUACAUUCAUUCAGUAAGAGACAUCCCUCAAGCUAAGAGACCUGCCGGCACUGAGGGAUGAAAGAGAGACUCUCUUGCGUCCUAACAAUCCUCCUUCCACCUAGAGACAGGAGUCACAUGCACAGAGAGAGAGAGAGAGACCCAUGCCAUCGCUGAGAGACUGCCAGUAUCCAGCAGAUGAAGAGCUGCAGAGCCCCAGCCCGUGAGUCAGAUCCAGGACAGCUCUAGACAUACUUAGAGACAAUCAGAGACCCAAGACAUCUCCACCUUCCCUGCUUGACACAACUGAGAGAUCCCAAGCCAUUGGCAGAAUUGUGAGACCUCCAGCCACCAGCAGAGACAUCCCCAACUUACCAGUAACAGACCUAGGAGACCUGUUGCCACUGGCAUAUUGCCUGACUGAUCAGAGAGACUGCACCUCAUGUCUCCACGAGACUGUUAUCUGCAAGGGUCAGUGCCCAGUGCUAUGUAUAACAUUGCUCUUAUGAGGAAAUAAGAGACACCCAGAGCAGGUCGAUUCGCUGCUGCUGAAAGACGAGACUUCCAACAACUUUAAAGGUCUGUCCUAUGAGAGGGGAAUGGCUUUUCACUGCUGAAACAAAGACGAGACAGUCGGUGACAUUGCGUGGGAAGGAGAAACCAAUCCGCAGGUAACAGACAAGGUAACUACAGACUAAGGGAUGUCCACAGAGGACAGACCCUUCUAAAAUUGCUGUCAUUACCCCCUCAUCCUUGGGGUGGGGGGGAUCCUAGGAUUUGGUGACCCCUCUGCUAAUCUGUUCAACCAGUGGACACCAGGAUGAGCCUGCCCACCCAGACCAUGGAGGCCUCUCCUCUCCUUUCUGCAGCCGUACCCACUCCCAGCAGCCUAUCGCCUACUUCAGGAGAGCAGAGGGUGGAGCCGAGGUCAGGCAGUGGCCCUGGGGGGAUCGUGGACCCCAUGAGUCGAGAACAACAGCUCCAGCAGCAGCUUCUUCUCUUAAAACAACAACAGCAACUCCAAAAGCAGCUUCUAUUUGCCGAGUUCCAGAAGCAGCACGAAAGCCUGACCAGGCAGCAUGAGGUCCAAUUACAGAAACACCUUAAGCAACAACAGGAGAUUAUGGCGGCCAAGAGACAGCAAGAGUUGGAACAGCAGAGAAAGCGCGAACGACAGAGGCAGGAGGAGGCUGAGAAACAGAGGCUGGAGCAGCAGCUUCUGAUCCUGAGGAACAAGGAGAAGAGCAAAGAAAGUGCUAUUGCCAGCACAGAGGUGAAGCUAAAGUUACAGGAAUUCUUGCUCAGUAAAUCCAAGGAGGUACCUGGAAAUGUGAACCAUUCCAUCCUGCAACACCCCAAGUGCUGGGGCACGCACCAUACCUCACUGGAUCAUAGUUCCCCUCCUCAGGCUGGGUCACCAGCAACUCUCUCAUCUUAUAAGGUGUCCCUCCUCGCAACCUGCGAUGGGCGUGAUGACUUUCCUCUCCGCAAAACUGCCUCUGAACCUAAUCUUAAAGUCCGUUCCCGAUUAAAGCAGAAAGUUGCAGAGCGUCGCAGUAGUCCUCUUCUCCGAAGGAAGGAUGGGACUGUUAUCAGUGCUUUCAAGAAAAGAGCCAUUGAAAUCCAGGUGUCUUCAGUGUGCAAUAGUGCCCCAGGAUCUGGGCCGAGCUCCCCAAACAGCUCCAACAGUGCCAUAUGUGAGAACGGAAUGACUGGCAGCGUGCCUAAUAUUGCCAGCGAGAUGCUUCCUCAGCAGAGAGUUCUGACUCUUGAAGGAGUGGGUGGACCUCUUGGGCUGUAUACUUCUCCAUCACUGCCCAACAUCUGCCUGCAUGGAAGCACCAGCAGCCUCACUGGUCAGUUCACUCCUCAGGAAGGGACAGAGCAUCAGAGUUUGCGCCCAGGUGGUCCCUUCAUCAACACCUCUCCACUGCCUGCUCUGGAUGGGGGUGAGAUAGGCAACCUGACGGCACCUUCACUCCUGCAGCAUGUACUCUUACUAGAGCAGGCCAGACAGCAGAGUGCUCUCAUAACAGUCCCCCUGCAUGGUCAGUCCCCAUUAGUAGGGGGAGAAAGAGUCUCUGGUUCCCUACGUUCUCUCACCAAAGUCACAAGGCAUCGUCCCCUGAGUCGUACACAGUCCUCUCCUCUCCCACAAAGUCCUCAGGCCCUUCAGCAACUGGUUCUGCAACACCAGCACUACUUGGACCAGCAACACCUCAACAAGGCCAGUGAGGCCAUUCACCAGCCACCUACCCACCCAGAAGAGACAGAAGAGGAGCUAACAGAGCAGGACGGGGGUGAAAAGUGUUCUGUGAUUUUCACUCUUGAUGGGGGCACAGAAAGUGAAGAAACACAGGAGGAAGAUGAUGGAGAGGAAGAGGAUAAAGACAUAGAAGACAGAAGGACCAAUGGCGUUGAGCAUGCACUGAAAAAGCUCUUCCCAGAUGCCCUUCCUCUUUACCAGGGUUCACUCUCUCACACGGCUCUGAGUCGCACUCAGUCCUCCCCAGCGGCUCCUCUAUCAACCUGCAGUUCAGAACCGCACCACAGAGUGAUCAGCACAACUGGUUUAGUCUAUGAUACCCUCAUGCUGAAACACCAGUGCACGUGUGGAGAUACCAACAACCACCCAGAGCAUGCUGGGAGAAUCCAAAGUGUCUGGUCCCGUCUGCAGGAGACUGGCCUGUUGGGAAAAUGUCAGCGUGUCCGAGGCAGGAAGGCCACAUUGGAUGAGAUCCAGACCGUUCACACGGAGCAUCACACCUUGCUUUAUGGGACCAGCCCUCAGAGUCGCCACAAAUUGGACAGCAAGAACAUUCUAGGGACUCUAUCCCAGAAGCUGUAUGCUGUCCUGCCUUGUGGAGGGAUUGGGGUGGACAGUGACACUGUGUGGAAUGAGCUGCACUCACCUCCAGCUGUGAGAACGGCAGUGGGAUGUCUGCUUGAGUUAGUCUAUAAAGUAGCCUCUGAAGAGCUGAAGAAUGGUUUUGCAGUAAUAAGACCGCCUGGACACCAUGCUGAGGAAUCGGUUGCCAUGGGCUUCUGUUUUUUUAACUCUGUAGCUAUAGCAGCCAAGUUGCUCCGUCAGAAGAUGAACAUGGGCCGAAUCCUCAUAGUGGACUGGGACAUUCACCAUGGCAAUGGCACACAACAGGCCUUCUACAAUGACCCAAAUGUCCUCUAUAUUUCUCUCCACCGUUAUGAUGAUGGCAACUUUUUUCCUGGUAGCGGCUCUCCGGAUGAGGUGGGUGCUGACCAUGGUAUUGGGUUCAACGUUAACAUAGCAUGGACGGGUGGCGUGGAUCCCCCAGUGGGGGAUGCUGAGUACCUUGCUGCAUUCAGGAUGGUGGUCAUGCCUAUAGCCCAGGAGUUCUCUCCGGAUUUUGUUCUUGUUUCUGCUGGCUUUGAUGCAGUUGAGGGUCACCAGUCUCCACUAGGGGGAUACUCAGUAACAGCCAAAUGCUUUGGACACCUUACCAAGCAGUUAAUGACUCUGGCUGGCGGCCAAGUGGUCCUGGCAUUGGAGGGAGGUCAUGAUCUGACAGCCAUUUGUGAUGCCUCAGAGGCUUGUGUUUCUGCCCUUCUGGGUUUGGAGCUUGCACCUUUUGAUAACAGUGUCCUACAACAGAGACCCAGUGACAAUGCAGUAGCAACCUUGGAGAGAGUCAUCAACAUCCAUAGCAAACACUGGAGCUGCCUAAAGAGCUCGACUAUAGGCUGCUCCAUCCUGGAGGUGCAGCGUGUGGAAAUGGAGGAAGCAGAAGCCGUCAGUGCACUUGCAUCAUUAUCAGUGGAUACAGACCAGUGCAACUCCAACUCUAAUCCCAGACCAUUAGAAGAGCCCAUGGAAGAUGAACCAGUGGCCUGAGUAAUCCGCACACCCAUCCCCACACACCGCUGUCCUUUUUUUAAUUUUCUUUUAAUCGUUUUUGUUAUGGUGAUUGGUUUAUUUUUUCUAUUAAAACCAAGAAACAAAAAAAAAAAGAAAAAACAAACCACAAGACAAUUUAAAUGGGUCAGAUGUCCCAGCAGCUGAGGCUAGCACACCCACCACCCCUUUUCCCCAGGACUCACUCCAACCUGCUCUCCAUCUGUGCUGCUGUCCUGGAUUUUUGUCUCACCGCCCCAAUGAAUAGAGUAACUUUAUUACUGCCAAA